GGCCAGGAGCGCAACCGCGCCAUUCAAUAUCACGAAUAGAGCACCGGCUCCUCCCGCCCCUCGCGACACGCGCGCCCCGCAUUCCUAUGGACAGGCACGUGCAGGAACAGAGCUGUUGAGCCUGCACCAUGGAGGACUGCCUUCACACUUCUUCCGAAAACCUUUCCAAGCUGGUCAGCUGGGCCCACAGCCACGGGACCAUAUGCACCCUCAUUCCAAAUCUGAAGCACCUUCUUUCAGAGGGCUCACAUGGCAACCUGACAGCUAUGUGGGGCUGCAGCGCAGGCCAUGCCUAUCACUGGCCCCUGACGGCAACCUGUAGAGCAGGCUCGCAGGAAAGAGUAUGUUUCCAGGACAACAGGAGCUUCAACUCGGACAGCCCCAGCCUCAUGGGCAUGCCCUCGGACACACAAGCCAGCCCAGUGGAACGCUACUCUGGGAGGCCAGGGAAAGCAAAGUUGGACUGCAACAGAACCAGAGAGUCCUGUGAUUUCUCUUACUGCAGUGAGCCCUCAGAGUUAGACGAAACCGUGGAGGAAUAUGAAGAUGAAGCUACUCUUUUUGACAUGGUCUGUGAGUCCUCGGUGACAGAUGAAGAUAGCGACUUUGAACCUCACCCUCAAAGAUCUCAGACCAAUUCCCGCAAAAGGCCAGCCCCGGGCGCCACCUCCUCGUUCCAUCCAGGCUCCCAUUCUCAGGUCGUCGACGAGAACAGCAGCAAUGUGUCCGUCAAAAAAAUCAAGCAAGAACUUCCCGAGGAUUAUUACAUUGUGGCUAACGCAGAGAUCACCGGCGGCAUCGACGGCCCUGCGUUGUCCUUAACACAGAUGUCGAAACCCAAAGCUCACCCAGCAGCCUCCUACCCUGUGCCAUCUAAAUCCACCCCUCAUUCGCCACCUUCACUCAUUGCUGAAUAUGAGUUGCAGAACAUCUCUGCCUCCUCCCAGAAGCCUCCCAAAGUAACUCUGGCUUCUCCAAGUAAAGGGCCUGGUAGCAGCCUGGCCGCCAACCCUCAGGCAGCCCUGCAGAUGCCUGCCAGCACUUCCAAUGCUGGCAAGCCGUUAAGCAUUCCUUUAUCAGCCUUGCAACUCCCUGGGCAAGAGGAGCAAGCAGCCUCAGAAGAUGCCCUCCAGCCUGUGCCAAAUCAGGUUCCCAGCGAUGUAGCAUUGUCUCCUUCUGCUAGCACAGAGCCAGAAGUUAGCUCCAGUCAGCAGCACCCAAGCACAGCUCCCGCCAUCACCACAGAGCCAAUGGCACAGACAAUACCAGACCAAGAUGAGAGAGCUGCAGAACUGAGCAGAGAGCAAAAUGAGAAAACCAUACGCAGUACCCAGACAGCCCUCCGAAACUUCAGGGAGUUUCUCAUCUCUAAGUAUCCCUCGGAAACCCGGGAGAUCUACAUCAUUCCUUGCAAAGAGCUGGAUGCUUACUUAGCAUCGUUCUUUGUCGAUGCCCGACAGAAGGAUGGUUCAGAAUACGAGCCAAAUAGUUUGGCCAAUUACCAAUGUGGGCUGGAGAGGUAUCUCAAGGAGCACCGAUAUGGAUACAGCAUUACCAGGGACAAGGAAUUCAAGAGGUCUCAAGAAGCCCUGAAGCAGAAGCAGAUAGAGCUGAGGUGCAAAGGGAAAGGCAACAAGCCGCACAAGUCCAUGAAGCUUACCUUUGCAGAUGAGCUUAUCUUACGUAAGAGAGGCCUACUGAGCCGAUACAACCCCGAGGGACUGCUGAACCUCGUCUGGCUUAACAACACCAAGGCGUUUGGCCAUUGUACCGGCUUCCACGGCUCCACCCUCAAAUGGGGGGACAUUAGGCUUCGGGUGACAGAGACAGGGCUGGAAUAUUUGGAAUGGAUGGGUCAAGACAGCGGCGAUGGGAGCACCAAAACCAAGAGGACGGGCACGGACUCCAGAGUGUACGCAACGCAACACGCUCCACAGACCUGCCCCGUGCAAGACUACAAGGAGUACGCACAAAGGCGCCCCCCUGCAAUGCGAUAUGAGGACGCUCCUUUCUACUUGUCCAUCAAGCCGGUUGUUAACCUAGCUGCUCUUCAUUGGUACAAUUGCCAAGCCCUAGGUAAAAAUAAACUGGCCAAGAUGGUCAAGACGAUGUGCGAGAAGGGGAACAUUCCCGGUAGGAAGACCAACUUCAGUGUGUACCAGAGCUGCAGCACACUCUCCGAAGCUCAAAGCAACCAGCUGGUUCUGAUUUGCAACAACUUAAGCCAGCAGGCUGCUCAGUCCAUGGCGAGCCAUUCCGGCUCUGGCAACUUCAUCGUGUCUGCAUCUUAUGACUCUUCUUCAGACACGGCUUGAGAGGACUCGAGAUGGGAACAUGUUGUGUUUGAAGCUGUGGGUCUGUGCCUAGGGACACACAUCAGUUGUGAUUCUACACAGCUACCCUCCUGACUCACCUUUCCCCAGUGUUAAUUCACUUUAUUAAAACAAAUAAUAUAUAAAUAUAUAUAUAUAUAUUCUUUUUACAAAGACGUGAAUAGAAAUAGUUUAGUAUAACUUAUAUAGUAUUUAUAGUGCUGAUAUGGGGGGGGGGAAUGAAACCUACUUAUAGGGUGCUAAUAUAAUGGUAGAUUUUCAAAAGGGGAAAUAGUUUUCAGGCAUAUACAAGGCAGGCCAUAGUCUUUAGGCAGAAGCAAGCAACACUACGCACUUAAGUCAGUUGUAACACAGCCAUAUCUUGAGAAGACCCUCUGUGAAGACAACAUGGUUCACAAGUGGCAACUGAGCACUGGGGACAGCGUGCCCAAUAGUGGUGCCCCAGAGUGCUUUUCUGCACCUCCUGUUUAUUGCCUUUGAGCUUGUGCAGAAGAUGUUGUCAUUAAAUCAUGUCCAAAAUGCAUCACUUGCACCUAAACAUAUUUGGUUUUUAAAAAAAUAAUAACGAGUGUAUAUUCCCCUUGAUGCUUCAUGUCUUUUGAAAGUUUGCUGUUAAUAUGACAUGAAUUCAGUAUUGUGUGUGGAAGGAAGAGGGAUAAUUUUCUAUUUUCUUUCUUGCCGGCAAAUAUGGUUCUUUUCCAGCCUGAUUUAAGGGGGAGAGAAGGAACAAAGAAAAUGGGGUGCAGCUUACUGGAGCAUUUUCCCUCUAUUUUUCAUUUGCUCCUUGUGUCUCAGUUGUGCCAGCUUGUGGGGUGGGGAAGACAUGGUAAUGAUCAACAAAGUGAAAAAUAACAGUGGUGGUAAAAAAAAAAAAGGUAUAAUAUUUAUCCAUAUGCAAAAACAACUGUCAUGGCAAAAAACUAGACUGUUACACAAACAAACAAUCUUAACUUUCCCCAGCUGAAAACCAGUGUUUUAGCACUUUUGUGACAAGUCAUUUUUAAAAUAUAUAUAUACUGUCAAAGAUUCAGCUCUAGAUGCUACACCAAGCAGCCACAAUGCAAAACAGAAUUAUAAGGUUGCUUAAAUUGUGGCCAGCAUUUGUAUUUCCUUGAUAAAAUACAGCAAUAACAGCAAAAACAAUGCCCCCCCAUCUCCCAGAAACCAUGAAAAGCUGAGAGUACAGUUGCAAACCUCAUUUUGUUGUUGUUUUAAUGGGGGCGGGAUUUUUCUAGGGAAUCAACAUGAAAACAGAGAGACCUCCCUGCUCCACUAAGUUCCAAGCACACUUGUUGUGUGAUGCUCCAAAAUAAACACACAUGCUUUUUGGAGUCUUUGUCCUGGCUAGAUCUGGAGAGAGCUGGGCUUUCUUUUUCAAGGCUCAAGCACAGUUGUUCCCCAGCAGCAGGGUUUCCCUGCCAUACAGUAUAUCAAGGGUAGCCAAUGUGGGGCCCUCCAUAUGGUGUUGGGACUCCCAGACUGCAUCAUCGCCAGCCAGCAUGGCCAAUGACCAAGGAUGAUCAGAGUUUUAGUCUGGAAACAUCUUCCCAUUACACUGGAUACCUCUGCAAUACAGUCAUACCUGGGAAGUUGAAUGCCUUGCGACUCGAACGCUUUGGCUCCCGAACGCCGCAAACCCAGAAGCGAGUGUUCCAGUUUGCAAAUGCUCUUUGGAACCCAAAUGUCCAACGCA